CUAGACUUCAUAAUGAUGCUACGGCUAUACAGUCCUCCAAGAGCCGGGAAGCCUUCUCCGAGUAUGCACUACGAAACCGAACAAACAAACACGGCAUUCGAUUGCGUCAAUGGCCUAAACGACCCUAGGAUGAUCGAUCUCAAUAGAUUCGCCGAACACGUAACAUGCACCCCCACCCCGAAACCUCACAGAUGAAGCAACCAUUUUCGAAUAUGACAAUUCCGCCACCGGAGUGACGGUGCCAGUUCUCUUCAAAAGCCAACGUUCUCAAUGGUCGUAACAAGGGCCCAUUCCGCAUAGCCAGCCCGUCGGUGCAGUCUUCUCCAAUUUCAGUUAUGGGCACGGACAAUGCCCCUGAAAACAUGUCCCCGAUGCUGCUCAAUGUGCCCAUCAGUCCGGUGAAGACUCUAUCCCUUGGGACCCUUCCCAACGCCAACAAGUCUGCCUCGACCAUAGGCUCACCUACAGACUCGGUUUAUGCUGCGUCGACCAUAGUCUCCCCCACAGAUUCGUUCUAUGUGGAGUUUCGAUGUGGAGACCCGAGGAAUCCAAUCAACUACUCAUGGACGCGAAAAUGGUGCAUUACCCUGUUCGUCUGUGCAUUCAAUGGGAUCACUUCCCCUGCGACUCCAUCAUUUGCUAUGGGUUACGAUUCCAUGAUACGGGAUCUUAACUGCACGCGCUUUCAAGCUACUGUUGCAUACUGUCUUUAUUCUCUAGGUUUUGGUAUUGUUCCUCUCUUCACGUCCGCACUGAGUGAGGAAAUUGGGAGGAGGCCAAUUUACUUGGUGUCGGUAUUUCUUGGGGCUAUGUGCAACGUGCUUGCUGCUUUCUCCGAUAAUAUCCAGACUGUUAUGGUUGCGCGUAUCUUGGGCGGUGCUUUUGCUUCGACCGGUGCAAUACUGGUGGGUGGAACGAUUGCCGAUAUAUGGGGACCUGAGGAGCGCAGCCUGCCUAUGGCUGUUUUCUCCAUGGUGAGCAUGGUUACCACUGGUUUGGGGUCGAUCAUCUCUGCUUGGCUGGAAUUGAACCCUCAUCUCCAAUGGAGAUGGAUCCAGAGGAUUCAAGCGAUUGUUCAGGGGACCUACUUCCUUCUUAGCCUAAUUAUAAUGGAGGAGACCCGAUCGCAAAUUAUCCUUCGACGCAUAGCCAAGAAACUCUGUAAGGAAACUGGGGACGAUCGGUACCGCGUCCGGGGAGAGGAGACACGGCCGAAAUUGAGUGCCAUGAUUAAGAUGUCGUGUACUCGGCCAAUCAUGUUUGUUCUCACUGAACCCAUCGUGACUAGUAUAUGCAUUUGGGUCUUUUUCAUGUCUGGUGUGCUCUACGUCCAGAUCGGAUCCGUGUCCGGGGUUUUCAAGCAUAUAUAUCACUUCAACGUCGGGCAGAGUGGAUUAGUGUUCAUUACCGUCGUUGUGGGAAGUAUACUGGGACUCCUUGCCAACUUCUACCAGGAUGUGCUGUACCGGAAAUGCGUAUCUCGGAGGGGCCCUGAAGCAAGGCUAUACAUCGCUUGUUUAGUAGCACUCUUGCUGCCUACCUCGAUAUUCAUCUAUGCAUGGACAGCGGAUUCUCGCAUCUUCUGGAUGUGGCCUGUUGUCGGCUUAUCGAUCUUCAUGUUUUGUUCAUUUGUUUCAUAUCAGGUGGUUUUCAUUUAUCUGGCAGACUGCUAUGGUCCAAUGGCGUCUUCUGCUUUGGCGGGCCAGGGUUUAGCUCGUAACAUGGGUAGCUUUGGAUUCCCUCUCUUCUCUCACAUAAUGUUCAAGAAGCUCACAUACAAAUGGGCCAACACUAUCUUUGGUGGUGUCGCAGUCCUCCUCAUUCCAGUCCCUUUCAUUCUUUUCUUGUAUGGACCCUCGCUUCGAAAACGGAGUACAAUGUGCAGCCAGCUAAUGCAAGAUGAAGAAAACCCAGAACAGCUUGAAUUUCCUAAAUCCCAACUGAACUAGGCUCGGGUUGAUUCGU